GUGUUGCUUGCUGAUAGGAUUGGAAGGAGGAGUCAGAAGCUAACUAGAUACGGUGGCAUUGUCCUUAAUAGCAUGAAGGUAUAAAUCUGAGAGCUGCACAGUGUGAGAGCUAUGCAUGUUCAAUGCUCUGUGGAUUAAAACUUUACCUGCAUCUUCCAGACUCUCAGACACCCACACUGCAACUCAACAUCUUUGAUGUCCAAUGAACCAGACAAGAUCUAAGUAUGAAACAGGACCUGCAAUUUAUCAUCAUUAGGAUUACAGUUCGUAAAUAUGCCUAAAGUACAACAGGUAUUUUUUUAUUUUCUAACAUAUUUUAUUGACAAGCUCAGAAUGAUGCCACAGUAGAAAUGUAAUUAUUCUGUACCUUAGCAUCUGCCUCUGGACUUCUGUUAUUGAAAAUAUCGUUAAGUCAUAACACAGGGGUCACUUAAGGAAUGCAUCAGCAAUAGUCUAACAACAAACUAGAGCUAUAUUCUCGUCUCGUGAGCAUUCAAAGGCUAGAUUAAUUAAGACAGGAAAACACUUAUUGUAACACUUUCUUCUUUAACCUUUCCAAGCACAGUUUAGAAUGCAGAACGCAAGAAAUUAAUGAAUUGGUGAAUCAAUAGAAAGCUUCUUACAAAAACACGUUUUGUAAUUAAUGUAGCCUCUCAAACACGUGAUGAAUAAUUUUAGAUUUCAAAUCUGUGUAUUCGUGAGUAUAAAUAAUGUAUAAAUAACAGUUUCCAUUAAAGAAAACCUUCUGCAGUUGUAUUAUUCAACGCAACCUAUGUACUAAAUUUAAUCUUCUCACACAAAUGAUUGUACACAAUCUUCAGAUAAGUGAAUAAUCUGGCGAAAUUGCAUUCACUGCAAUAAAAUGCUCCUGUCCCUAUGAGUUAUAACUGCUAUUUCAUAUUUUCUUGAGUGAAUGUCAAAUGAACACAGAAGUCUACUGCCAUAAAAAAUCAAUAGGUUUGAUAGUUGACACAGUAAAUAUCAUAUGGGGACAAAAAUAACAUCAUAAUAUAUGACAUGGAUAAUUAUAUUAAUAUUAAUCGCUAUUCAAAUCUAAAAUGUAAAUGUUUCAUUUUCUUAUUCCACCUGUUUUUCUUUUUUUGCUCAAAAAUCUGCUGCCUAAUUUAUUUAUAUUUGCUAUGCUUUACAUAGUUUAUGUUGCUUUAUUUAUUGUAUAGGUAGGAAUUCAAAACAGAUUUAAUGUGGGAAUUCAGUCACUUUUUAUUGUACAACUUGUGUUUUUACAUUUCUUAGCUUGUCUUCAUAUGUUAGAUGAGAAUUCAGAAUUUCAUAUUGGGUUAAAUAUCCAAGAUAUGAGGAUUAUUCAUACACCUGAAUACAAUGUAUAACCGGUUCAAAUAAUGCAAUGUUAUCAAUGUAAAAACAGUUAUAAUACACUUCCUUUAGUCUAUAUUGUGUAUAUAUAAAAAUUUGUAUAAAAAAACAAACAAAAAAAACCAUUUACUAUUAGGGAUCCUCUCCAAUAUCAGUAAUGGUGCUUAUUUCCUAUCCUUAAGAUACUCUAUUUUCUUGUUUAAUUCAAUUUUAUCUAGCCUACCUAUCUUUUCUCAUUUCCCAUUGCUCACUCAUAUUUCCCCUUUCUCUCUACUUUUCCCCUUAUAAUUACAUCUUAUCUCAUUGUCAUCCCUCUAACCUUACCUCUCCUACUUACUUUAACUCCAUUUGAUUAACUUUACUUUUUGAUGAAAUCCUCUUCUCUAUUUUUUUCAGUUAACAUUCUCUUUCAUUCUCACACUCUCCACAUUCAUCUGUACUUUCAAUGUAUUCAUCCCUUUAACCUUAUUUUUACAAAGCUUUUUUCUGUUUUAUUUCUGUUGCUCCCUUUUCUAAAUUCUAAAUUUUGUUUGCUUCUUUAUUUGUCCUUCUCCUUUUCCCUUCCUUUCCAUCUUUUUUUUUCUGACAUUCAUUACAUUGUGUCUCGUUAUCUCUUCCUUCAUUAACUAUAUAAAAGGAAAAUGAUGCCUACCCUCACCCGUGCCAACAACAUAAACUCAGAUUUUAGUAUGCUUUCUUGUUUGAUUAUUUUUAAAACACAAUGGGACGCUGCAUCAAUUGUUGGGUUUUCUUGCUCCCUUCUCUUCAGGUUUAUACAGCAUGUUUUUUUUUAUACAGCGUAGAAUGUAAGCACAUUAAUUGUUCUAGGAAAUAAAAUUAUCAACAAGUCUAUCUUACAUGCAGGACUUCAUGCCAUGUCAGGAGGUAUGAUGCAAUAUAACCCCUCCCCUGAUGCAUUAAGGGAAAUGUAGUCCACGGCAUCUGGAGUGUUGAAGGUUGCAUAUACCUUCUAUACUCCAUAUCUCUGGAAAACACAAUUUGUGAUACAUAAUAAUAAUCGCCAUAAUGAAAGGGACACUAUAGUGACCAGAACAACUUAAUGUAGUUGUUCUGUUGAGUAUAGUCAGUCCCUGCAGGGUUUUAGAAAUAAACAAUGUCUUUUCAGAGAAAAGGCAGUGUUUACAUUACAGCCUGGACAACCUACAGUGGCCACUCCUCAGAUGGCUGCUAGAGGUGCUUCCUAGGGCAGUUAUGCACAGUGUGCAGCAAGGACAUUCAUUAUCUUCACCCUCUGCAUGGAGACCCUGAACGUUCCUCAUAGUGAUGCAUUAAUUUAAUACUAUUCUAUGUGGAUUAGCAAGGGUGGCUUUUGGCUCCGCCCCCCAGUCCACCUCCUUGGCUUAGAUGAUCAAUUCUGAUGAUGUCAGCCAAGUAGGCAGAUCAGGGUCAGUGCCAGCACCAGCAGACUGGAAUAAAGGUAAGAUUAUGCAAUAUUUAUGGCGGCAAGAUUGGUACGGGGGGUGGGGAGAGGGGGGCGAUAGUGUUUCUAACACUAUAGGUUCAUAGCAUUCCUUUAACUAAGCUAGGUGAAAGAAUUAAUAGUUUUUAUAUGAUUGUUUGAUGUUGUUGCUUAACAAUAUACUAUAAUAUUUAUUGAUGAUCUCAUAAAUUGCUUAUUGAUACGAGAAGCCAACAUUAUCUAUAAAUCAUGAUGGACUUGGAAAUAUUAUUUAACAUAAAAUAGACAUUUCUAGAAAAAUACUCAUUUUAUAGUGGUAUAAAAUCUAAUGCAAUAUAUCCAUUACAAAUAUAAAUGUAACAAGAAAAAAGAAAGCCGUCUACAGGCAAUGGCUGUCUAAAAAAUAGACUAGACCACUUAGCCUGUAGAUGGUCACACCUUAUAAGACACUCCAGUUGUGUCUUGGGGCAUAACCCCUGAUUAGGAAAACUAUAAGAUACUCAAAAUAACUAGUAUCUGAGUAUCCACUGGAAUAAUGAAUAGUAAUGAUUCUAUACAAAGUGAGAUAUAGAGAUAUAUAUAUAAUGAGAAAAUACAAUAAUAGAAAAAUGGGUCAAGUGAAAGUAGAAAAUAACUGCCUAAUGGCAAAAAACUGUCAUUGUGUUGUAAAUACUAUAUAUUGGAUAUAAAAUAAUACAAAAAAUAUUUUUUGGGAUUAUUUUAUAUCCAAUAUAUAGUAUUUAUUGAUACUCUUCUGCUCAUUCAGUUACUUAUGUCCCAAUAUGCUAGCAAUUGAGUACAUGGCAGUUAACAUUAUAGAUACUUUUUUGAUACAAUUUACUGAUUUAAUUAUUUUCAAUAGAUCCCACAUAUAGUAUCUAUUUAUACUUUUCUGCUUACUCAGCCUCUAAUGUUCCAAUAUGCUAGCAAUCUAGUAUUAUAUCUUAUAUAAUGCCACAGCUUGAGACUUACUAGGUAAAAGCAAGUCCUUAAUGUCUCUUAUAUAUUCUUUGGAUGUAUUGAUACCAGCCUGCAGUCACAGAUAUUGACCUAUGAAGCAUUAUAUAUUAAAGUCUAAACCUGUGUACUGCGGUAUCUACUUUCAGAGACAUUAGAAAGGGAGUUUUUUUGCCAUUAGGCAGUUAUUUUCUACUUUCACCUGACCCAUUUUUCUAUUAUUGUAUUUUCUCAUUAUAUAUAUCUCUAUAUCUCACUUUGUAUAGAAUCAUUACUAUUCAUUAUUCCAGUGGAUACUCAGGUACUAGUUAUUUUGAGUAUUUUAUAGUUUUUCAAAUAUAAAUGUAUUUCAUUUCACUAAAAUUGGACUUGUGAUUCAUAAAUAAUUGAAUGAAGGUAAGCAGUGCUUCAAGCAGGUUUUAAUUCGGCAUCAGAGAAACAAAUUGACCAAAAAGUGUACAGAUUAAAUAUAUUUUUCUAUUUCUCUUACAGUUAAGCUGCUUUUUAAAUUUUAUUUUAUGUUGCCCUAUACCAAUCAUAUUUCUGAAUAUCUCACAUGUGAGACUAAAUAUUUAUAAAGGAAAUAAAACCAUCAUGAAAAAGGCUGUGGUUCUGAGUUAUACUUUGUAGUCUUAGAAACAUUGUGAUAUAAGUUAAAAAAAUCAUGAAGUACUCUGAAAAAUUAUAUUUUGAAAAAGGUACACUCCAAUGUAGAAAAUUUGAUUCAUGUUGGAUCGGCAAGCAAGAAUAUCUAUAUUUAAUAUUAUACCCCUAUAUUUCCAUUUAAUCUGUAAAUGCCAAGAAGAAGUUGUUUGAAGCAUUUUUUUGUUAUGAUGAACCAUUUCUUCUGCUGUAGGUGAAAACCCUUUUGUUUAAGUCUCAGUGUACUUUUUUACUUUGGCAUUGAAUGGGCCAUAAGUAAAUUGUUUCUAUUGAUUAUGUAUCAAUUUAGUCAAUAUUAUUUUGUCUCUUCUGAGAUAUCUUUUAGUUAGAGUAAGCAAAUACUUAAUUUCUAGCCUUUAUCGAUAACUAACAUUGUCCAUUCUUUUAUUACAUUUAAACUUUUACAUCCCGAACUACACUUUCUUUUUAAAAUCAGUAUCCAAAACUGCACUGCAUAUUUCUGAUCGGUUUUGCCAUUGAUAUAGAAGGUGGCAAAAUUAUCACAUUAAUUAAUUCCUCUUUAUAUACAUGACACUACCAUGCAGGUCAUUGCAGCUGUUGAUUGACAUUGUUUAUUGAAAAGCGUGCUUAUUCUGGUUUUAAUCAAGUCCUUUGGUGGCAUGACUUGGAUGCAGUAUAUGAGGCCAUUAAUAAGCAGAUAAGAGAGAAUUGGAUCCGGAACAGAACCAUGAGGUACUGGCUACAUCUGCCACAUCUAAAGAGUCAAGUAGGACCAUGCAUGACUGCUUUCCUUAGCUGACAGCAUCAAUUCAGAGCUCUCAGCUCUCAGCUUUUACAUUUCUCUGAUGAGUAGCAGGUGACCUUAAAACGAUGCUAAAAUGGUUUGACAUCUUAUUAUGGUUUAGUUCCAGGGCACAUCUGGCGCUAUAACCACCACACCACUGCAGUGGUUAUGUUGCUUUUAGUGUUCCUUUAACAACAUAUCGAUUAGUGGUUCAUCGGAAUUCCGUAUCUCUGGAGAUCCAUUAGGACGUAUAACUGAGCAAAUGACAAGCACAAUGGACAAGCAGGUUUGUUUUCUUUGGGAUAUAGAGUUCCACUCAUACCACCAUAAAAAGACAUUAUUGAUGGGAAAAAGAUAAUUGAUGUCUAGGGGGCAGGCCACUAAAUGUUGAUUUCAUUCAAGUGAGAAGGAACCAAUAGAGGAAACAAGUAGAAGUAGUAAAUAAAAAAUAAACAAAUAAAUAAAUAUACAUAUAUAUAGUAUAUACACUGAACAAAAUUAUAAACGCAACACUUUUGUUUUUGCCCCCAUUUUUAAUGAGCUGAACUCAAAGAUCUAAGACUUUUCCUAUAUACACAAAGGGCCUAUUUCUCUCAAAUAUUGUUCACAAAUCUGUCUAAAUCUAUGUUAGUGAGCAAUUCUCCUUUGCCAAGAUAAUCCAUCCACCUCACAGGUGUGGCAUAUCAAAAUGCUGACAGCAUGAUUAUUGCACAGGUGUGCCUUAGGCUGGCCACAAUAAAAGGCCACUGAAUUUUGUUUGACUUUGUUUGGCAGAGUAUAUAUAACAUAUUGGUCUUGGUUUCGUUCAAAUAUAAAUAUACAUAUAAUACAUAAAUAUAUGAAUAUAGAUGAUUUGUUAUGGCAUCACCUAUUUUGGAGAAUAAUAACUAGUUCCAAAGGACCCCUACUAAAAGAGGAAAAAUGGAAAUGAGCAAGUCCCUAAAAAUGAUAAGGAAAGUUUAUUCAAAAUUGGACAAAAACUUUAUUGAAAUCAGUAGUGUUCAAGGACUCAAAUAAUCAGUAAAAAAAAAUAAUAAAUGCAUCACCUAGCAAAAGAAUAUAUAUACAUAUGGAGUCUUUUAAAUAAAUCUCAGUCUAUGGAGUGAAUAUAUGUUUUUAUAAUCACACAAAGGUAAAUGACCCUGCAAUAUAAACCACACUUGAUCCUUAGAAAAAUAGCAAUGAAGACUGUUACAAAAAAUGAUACUUAAUUAGUUUAGAUACCCAGUGGGAGUCAAAAUAUUAAUCUGUCUUGGUAUAAUGAUACUUGAGGUAACUAUGUAUCACUAACAGUAGUAGUGAUUAGGUAUAAUACACAUGCCUAUAUAAACUCAGGAGAUUUGGGGGAUAGGGUAUAACAAACCAAAAAAAACCCCUCACAACUAUCUAAUUAAAAAAGAAGAAAAUGUAUUUGUAAAGGAUAACUUAUGCCUAAUGCUAAAAGGAUAUAUUGCAAAGCAUAUAGCCUCCUAAUACCACAGGCUGGAUCUCCGAUAUAGGGAUGUAUCUAACAGUGCUACCACAACUUAACCACGUAUUUACAUUGCAUUGCUCAAGGCUCUCAUAUCAAUGGUUAAUAAAGAGUCAAAGGUAGUGUGACAAAAUGCCUUUUGUCACUACAUUUUUAGGUGACAAGUUGCCCUUUGCCCCUGGCUGUUGGAGGAGCCUGAGUGCCAGCCUCCUGCCUCAUGACUAUGGCCCUGGGUUGUAUGGCACUUUACAAACACUAUUUAGGCUAAUGGAUUUAUAUUGUGCUGCUGGCCCUUUAAGAACUGCAUUGUGGUUUAUGGACUUGUAUUGGACCAUGCUGGCCCAUUAAGAACCGUCUGGGGAUAUAUUGAGACUUUGUGUGACAAUGCCCCUUUAAGACUAUGUCCCCAGACCUUUCAAAUACUUUGUCUAUGGCUUUCUCCCACUUGGUUCAGUAAAUGGAGCUUACUGAGCCAAGUACCACACAGGCGGACCACCCAGAAGUGGAAGUGUGCAGGCAAUUUACUUCCCAGGCUGGAAGCCUGCUGUAGGUAAAUUGCCGAAUGCUGGAGGGCCGCCAUUUGACAAACGAACACGUGGCGGUGGCCAUCUUUAAUUCAGCUGAAGUUUUACCUUCUCCAGACUUUAAUGCAUUCGACAGUUCGAACGCCAUUUGACAGUUCAUUCGAGAGUUCGACAAUUCGAAUGGUUGUCAUUCGUCUGUUUGAACUGACUUUAACAUGGAAAAUAGACCGACCGCACAGCCUGAUUCUCUGGAACUGUUUUGGGCAUGAAAAUGUGCUUGCGGUUUGUCAUAAAGGACUCCCAGCUAACUUUUUAUCUACUGGAUGGAUUUGUCUGAUUUUUGGUUAUGUUUAUAUUUAAAGUGUGCUGAUUAAUAAUAUGUAAUUUACAAAUAUUGGAUGUAUAGUUUUAGGUAAAAAGUGAGUUUUAAAAUGUAUGGAUAAUUGGGUUACCUCUCAGGCUAAGGGGAGGAGAUGUGUGGGAUGCAACCAUUGUGUGAUUGAGUAUUGUAUAAUUGUCUGUGGGCGUCUGCCUUGCAGGGGAGAAUUGCAAGAAAGCAGAGUGUCAUUAAAAGAUCAGAUUAUCUUGUACCUUCUUGAAUUUUCGGCUCAUGUUUGGGGGAUUGGAGAACUACACUCUGGGGAUUGCUAUAAUCACUACACUCCCCAGGGUAUGAUCACUAAGCUCUGCUAAGAGCUUGUUCCUGUUCCUGCUCUCUGGAUUUCGGAGAGGUCAACCUACUUGGGUCCAGAGUGGGUGGAGACGGCGAGACCCCAACCAAGCUGCGGCGGUUCAUGGGGUCUGCAGUGGUUAUGGUGUUGGGCAGAGUGCUUGUAGUCCUCGGAAAGCACUAGGAGCAUCCGUCAGCGGAAGGUACCUGGUCGGGGUGCCAGCGGUUCCGUUACAGGUAGCGUUGCGAUAACACAAAUUAAAAAAAUCGGAUUAUUGCUAGAGACUCCUACAGACAAAUCACCACUCACAUACUGUGAAAAAUUAAAAACAAAUAACACAGUAUUUGUGAAACAGGAAGUCAUGGUUUGAUAAUUUUUAUGUUCAUAGUCAACCAGGUGCAUUUAAAAUGUUUUAAAUAUUAAUGGGAAUAUACUUCAAAUAUUGCAAUGUAUAGAGGUGCUAAUAAUUGCGCCACACUUAUAUUUAAAGAAAAAAAAUUUGGGGGGGAGGGGAAGGGCGGAGGAGGGGGAGGACAGGUGGGGUUAGUAGCAGUGCAGUUGUCUCACUCAUGUUUAGUAGAGCUAAUGACUCGUCAGCUCUAGGCUUGCUAGCAUUGGCAGAUAUAGACAUCCUGCCUCGAGACAGCAAAUGGAACUUACAAAUCUAAAAAAUAAAACAUCUACUUUAUUCUGAAGUACCAUACCGAUUUCAAAUUUAAAUGAACACCCAUUUUUAUUUAGAAUUUUUUGCACUGAUUUAUUUUGUGUUUAUUACUUUGUAUAUAGAUUUUUAACCUAAUUAUGUGUUAUAUUUAGUGCUAUAUAUAUUAAAAUUGAUUUUUCAUAUAUUUUAUAUUCUUUAUGACUAAUUCCUGAACUACAGUGUUUUAGAUUGUUUAGUUCAUAGUAUAGUGUUUAGUAUAACAAGGAACAUUUUUACUUAACUAACAUGCAUCCAGUGGAUUGUUUGCCAAAUUACUUUUCUUCUCUUGAGGUAUGAUGGACAUUUAUGUUUAUGCUAUUGCUUUGCAGAUAAGGAGUCUCUGACCCUGCUUCAAGGACACCUGACUAUAUUCAGGAUUGUUGUAUUUAAUUUUAUAAAAAAUAGUUUUUAUGUGCACUUGGGUUUAGAUUGUUUGCCUGAAUUUUCCAGUUUCUAGUUCUUUUAAAACACCAACGCCCUCUUUUGUACACAAAUGUUUCAGCCACACAAUGUCCUCCAUCAUCUCCUGCAAUAUUUUUUAACUAUAGAGUGUGGCAAAUGUUGUAUCUUGGAAAACAUUAACUUGGAGAAUGUUUUGUAGUAUUUAUGUUUAUUUGAACUCAUACUUGUUACCAGUAUGAAGAAAGACAGUUUGGUCACAUCCUGCCUCUUCCUUAAAAUAAAUUCACUCUGAUAUGUUAAAUGUAAGCAAUAAGAAUACAGCAAACUACAAAAACAAAAAACAAAAAGCUACAAGGAAAAACUCUUUAACAAUCCCAGCCUGUCUAGUUUUUUCCUGCAAUCUGGAACACAUAUCUGAUAGAGGGGCAGGCGCUGUUCCCUCAGCUGGUAAAACAAAUACUUUUUUUUUUCAAGCAGAGUUGCUGCUGAAUAUUGUCAAUGAGCAAAUAUAUUGGAAUAGAAACCCAACCAUACUGGGGGGAGGGAAGAGUGAGUGUGGUCAGUCCUAAAUAUAGUCAAGUCAGGAUGAAUGAAAUAUAACAAGGAAGAACCUUGCCUGGGUCAGAACCAAAUAAAAACACCACUGAACUCCAGAACCUACUACUUGACUAACUAAAACCAGUAAACAGCAUAGGGUGGUAGAUGGCAAGAUUUGAAUGCAGCCCAUGCCUAUAUUGAUGCGUUCAUAAAUGUAGAGAAGGAGCUAUAAGAAGGAUUCUGAAAUUGUGAAAAGCAAGCAUGACAUCGUGAAAUAAUGAAAGUAACUGUAUAAGAAUCAGUUAGAAAACCCAUGUUCGUGAUAUUUCCAGUUCAAGGAAAGUAUAAUUACUACUGCUAAAAUGUAUUUGCCUAGUAUUUUCUGAUUUCAUUUUUAUUGAUUGUUUUAAUAAAGGUAGACUAUAGUCACCAAAGCAACUUUAGCUUAAUUAUGAAGUGUCUGUGUAUAGAUCAUGCCCUUACAGUCUCACUGCUCAAUUCUCUGCCAUUUAGGAGUUAAAUCACUUUGUUUAUGCAGCCCUAGCCACAACUCCCUGCAUGUGACUUACACAGCCUUUUUAAACACUUCCUGUAAAGAGUCACCUAAUGUUCAUAUUCCCUUUAUGGAUCAGAAUAGAAUUAUGUACCUACAGUCAGCUGAUAUGUAAAUCCAGAUUUACUUACCUGAACCUUUUGACAGGUCCUCUUCAUCUCCUGGUGCUUUAGUAUGGGAUCCUCCAAAAAUCCUGACAGUUUUCACUGGUGACUUCUGGGUGGGAUUGACCCUUCUAGAUGGCUGUAUCUACCCCUCUCCAGUUUUUGUAGAGAUGCGAAGGGACUCCAUGAUGUAUUUAGGCAAAAUGAGCGAAGAUGCAUUCUAAUUUUGAGUACCCUUGUGGCCAUCCUAACAUACUGUAGCCCACAAUGACACCAAAGUAUAUAGAUAACAGACAUAUUGCAGGUUAGAAAUAUGUGAUUUUAAAUUCUUUAUUAGUGUAAUAUGAAUGCAAAGUGUCUUAUUUUAUUUUUACAAAAAAUAAGCUACCCUACAGGCUAUGCACUGUUUACAUGUGAAGAACUCCGCUUCAUUCCCAACUACAAUUUUGUUAUUAUUAUUAUUGCCAUUUAUAUAGCCUCAGAUUCCGUAGCACUUUACUAUAUGCCUUUUGAUUCUCCCCUCUAAUUAAACUCUUUACCAAAUUUGUUUUCAAAUUUACGGCUCUUCUAUAUAAAAUCAUGGGUCUUUCACAUACUUUAUCUUUAAAUAUUGUAUUUAAAGUAAGGACAUGACAAUAAUGGAUAUCCUGUUUUAACAAUUUUCUGGAAUCUUCUCACAUUCUUUGUGUUUAUAUGUAAUCAACUCUCCUCUAUACAUGUAACAUCAUUUAGUGCUUUUUACACUUUCCCAAAAUUAUAUAUUUUUUUAUUAAUAAAUAAAUCCUUAAGGCCAGAGGUCAAUUGUUCAUAUACCAUUUUGUCUGAGAAAUUUCUAUACAACAGAAGAAACUGGCUUUUUGGAACAUUGCCGAGCCAUGGUUCAUGGAUAUAUCUUCAUUCAACACUGUCACAGACCAUCAAAAAGGUAGAUCCGUAGAAAGGUAUAAGGUAGAUUGGAAAUUGAAAUCAUUCUCCAUGAAGAUGACCAUUUGGUAGAGCACCAAGCAGAUUUUAUUGUAGACUGUACCUCUUUCAUCUUGCCCCACAAUAAUAUUUUGUUCCAGGAUUCUUUUUACCAACAAUUGCAUGGAAAUGCUAUGGGCACCAGGUUCAUCCCCCAGUUAUGCAAACCUGUUGGUGGCAGAUUGGGAAGAUCAACACAUGUGGUUGCUGCAUGACUGCCAGACGAGAUUUAUUAAUAAUGUCAACAUUAUUUGGGAUGGCCCAAUGGGGAGUUUAUCUGUUUUUCUGAUUUACAUAAAUGAUAGUGAUUACAGGCUCAAAUUUGUAUCAGAGAUCCAAAGUAAUUGUAUCAAUUGUUUAGAUAUUACUCCUUUUGUACAUGAAGACAGGAUUUUAACAAUAUUUUUUUUAAACCCAACGGUCAAAGUAGUAACAUUGAUUUCAAUAGUUGCCAUCAUUGGCUGACUAACAUUUCAAAUGGACAGUUUAUGAGUAUUAGUUGUAACUGCACAAGGAAUGUAGAUUGGGAUGAUCAAACACAAUUUUGGCCUAAAAUUUUAUAGAGAUGGGUUAUCCAAAGGAUUUGAUCACUAAAAACCAAUGUGGAAUCUCAGAUUGGAGAAAGAAUAAGGUUUCCAUAAAAGUUGGUUUGGACAAGAGAUCAUAUUUUUAUUUAGCAUUUAAAAUGUAACAUAAUAUAAAAUUUAGAUUAGUUAUAAAAGCUUUAAUUGAAUAUUGACCGGUGCAUCUGCAGAACAAAUCGUUAGAUACUGUAAGGUUAUAGGAAAACAAAGAAUUUAAAAUAAUUAAUUGCUCCUAGUUUGUUUUCAUCAGUUGGAGUCCAACAAGAUAAGCUACAGAUGGGAGUCCAGUCAGGCCAAGUUGCAGUUGCCUUUUUUCCAUCCAUUCUAUAAAUGCAGUCAGUGUAAAAUGUUAUAUUUAGUAACUGGAAACACUUUUAGCAUAAAAAUUUUACUAACUGCAUCUCUAAGAAUGUACCUACUAUAAUGCCCCUGUGGUGUUCAGUAUGUGGAUCGCACUAUUAAACCUUUAACCCCUUAAGGACCAAACUUCUGGAAUAAAAGGGAAUUAUGACAGGUCACACAUGUCAUGUGUCCUUAAGGGGUUAAGGACACAUGACAUGUGUGACCUGUCAUGAUUCCCUUUUAUUCCAGAAGUUUGGUCCUUAAGGGGUUAAAGGAGUGUAUACUGGAGACCAUUAAACACAGUAUCUCACGACACUGUAAUCAAUGCCAAUUAUUCAAUUUAAAAAAUGUCCUGUGUGGAGAGAUUGACUUGACAAAGACCUCUUAGCAGGAUGAAACGUUGCUGCUCUGUCACUUUUUUAUGACCCAAUAAAUCUGCCCUUCGUUUGAACAUCCUGUGUGCUUGGAGACCAUUCUUCUGUUUGCCUGUGCGGAGAGAUUGACUUGGUUAGGAAUGAUAUUAGGGGAGGUAAUAUUGUUCAGAAGGUAUGCCAAGCAAGAAAUUAUGUGGCUACACAAUAUCAAAACCUAUAUGCACUUUGGAAUAAAUACUGAUAUGGACAUUAUGAUUUUUAGUUGAUAUUGUAUAUAUAGUUUAUUUAAUUUUUAAAAUUAGAUUUUCUCCCCCCUUCCCCUUUUUCUCUUUGUCUUGGUUUUUAUGUCUGUGUUCUAUGCCAUUUGAGUUGUUUUGGAGUAUAUCUUUUAAUACUUUUUGAGAAGUCUGCUUUUUCAGGUAGUGCAAAUAGAGUUUGCUUUUUGGGCAUAUAUAUAUUUUGACAUGUAUUUUAUCAUUUCUUUCAUUGUAUAUUUUAUAAAUAUUUUCAAAUUCGAAAGGAACGGACUGCACAAGUUCGGCAUACUGCAGUUAACUUAUUGUUAUUUAUCUCAUUAAAACAACUACGUUUUGAAAAUAUUACUCAUGUAUAAUUUUAAAUUAAUUGACUCUCCUUAAAUAACCUUUACAUCAAUUACAUAUGUUUGAUAAAAAGGAUGUAAUUUCCAAUUUAAGAUUGGUAAUCAGGGCCAAGCUGGGAAAAAAUUUGGCAAGGGCAUUUUUGCAUUACAGUGGCCCUGUAUUUGUUCUGCACAGCAUAAGCAAAUGUAUUAACAUGCUUGCACUGUCUUUGCUUGUGACUUGUCUCUGGUGUCUCCAUAGGUGGGAUACCAGAGGACAAGCGGUCAAGGAGGGCAUAUUGUGCAUGGUGUUUAGAGCCUGCUUGUGGGAUUGUGUGUGUAGCAUGAGCUGAUUGUGGUGUGGUUUGUGAAAAUAGUUCAGUUCAACUGUGUUAUGUUUGUGUUGUAAUAUGUGUGGCUUGGUGCUGUAGAAACUGAGAGAGAGAGUGUGUGUAUAGGGGGCAUAGUGUGAAUAGGGGUUGUAGCGACUGUGUGCAUUGGGGUGUAUGUCUGUUUAGGUGAUGUAUUGUGUGUAGGGGUUGGAAAGAGUUGUAUUUAGGGAAUGUAGUGUUUUUGCUAGUGUGUGUGCAUAAAGAAGACAGAGUGUGUAUGUCAGAAAUGUAGUGUGUGUUUAGGUGGUGCAGUGUGUGACUAUAGGGGAUCUAUUGUGUGUAAGUGAUCUAGUGUGUGUGUGAAGAGCCAGGCGUGUGUAUAAGGUUCUAGUGUGUGUAUGUGUAGAGAAUCCAGAGUUGUGUAAGUGAUCUAGUGUGUUUGUGAGGAGUACAGUUUGUGUGUGAGUGGUGCAGUUUGUUUGUGUGUGAAUGGUCCAUUAUAUGUGUGAGUGAGGGGUGCAGUUUAUGUGCGAAUGGUGCAGUGUGCGUGUGUGUGUGGAGGGUGCAGUGUGUGUGCAUGUGAGGGAAGCAGUAUGUGUGUGAGGGGUGUAGUGUAUGUGAGGGGUGCAGUAUGUGUAUUAGUUGUGCCGUGUGUGUAUGUUUGAAGCAGUUUGUGUAUUGGCAAAUAUUGUGGUUGAGAGGGUGGCAGAAUAAAGCAAUAUAUGUAUUUUUUAAAUUAAAAAAAUAUAUACUUGCUGUCCCCCCUCCCUUCUUAACUUUGCCCAGGGAGAGGGGACCUUGCUUCAAUCCCUGGCAAUCCUAGUGGUGAGUAAACUCUAGGCAGCAGCUAGUAGGGCUAGAGUCCACUCUUGCGAAAUCAGAGCAAUGCCACCUGAUUUCGCAAGCGGAUGAACCUGGUUUAGCUGUAAGCUGGUCCCCCCAGCUCUCCUCUCACCCUUUCCUCCCUCCCUGUGUGUUGCAGCAAAAUGUCCAUGGUCUCCCCAUUGUCCGGUCAAGUCACACAGCAGAGCUGUGCUUUGAUAGCGCCAGCCCUGAAUGGGCCAGCAGGGGGUAAUACUCUGCUCUUCCCUGCCAUCCAUUGCGGUCCUGCUAAUUUUAAGAUCUAGGAAAUUUAUAUCUUUAUAACUUCACUGCAUGGUAAAUUUAAUGUAUUCCUACACCUUAUUUAUAUGACUUGGGUACAUCCAUGUAUCUGUGAUAGAGGAUCAGGACCAAAGCCCAGGCAUGCCCCCCAAAGACUACAUCCUCAUUUCAAUAGGACACAAAGAGGUUGGCAUUGCUAAGUACAAUAAAACAAAAUAAAGGUACACUGUGCUUUUAAGAACAUUAUAAAGUGCUAUAUUAUAAAAACAAGUGUUUAUCACAAACAUAUGUACUUGGAUAAUAACAAAAUAUCCAACCCAUUAAACUAACACAAACACACACUGCAUCCACUAUACUCACUCACACUGCAUCCAUUGCAUACACUGCAUCCACUACACCAAGCAUGUCAAACUCAAAGGUUAGCACGGGCCAAAUAAACAAGGUUUAAGUUGAUGUGGGUCACAAAAAAACUAAAAGUUUUCAGUUUUCAUAGAAACUUGGGUUUAUUUUGAAAAGUACAGAAUAAACAAAGUUGCCUAACUGACACUGGAUGUCCUCUUGCUUUUAGGGCUUCACAGUAAACAAAAGAGCGGGUUUAUUUUAACCCCUUAAGGACACAUGACAUGUGUGACAUGUCAUGAUUCCCUUUUAUUCCAGUAGUUUGGUCCUUAAGGCGUUAAGGAGACGUGUAUUUGCAUAUAAUAAAUGUUUCACUCCAACUACCUUGGCAUAUUAAGAAAAACUUGGUAAUGGGACUGAAAUGGUGAAUGUAUGAUGUUGCAAAGCUGAAAAAAAACCAAAUGACGUCAUCUUGUUGAUUUUAAAGUCCUAUGAGUGUGUUCUGCACUCUGGCUGAGAUCAUUAAACGUGAUGCUUUCCCAUAGGAGCGUUCAGCGCCUCCAUGCAGACUCAAUCUAAUACACUGCCCUCCCCAUUCUAAUACACUGCCCACGAAUCCAAUCAAAUACACUGCACCCUCCACCCGAUCUAAUAUACUGCCCCUUAAUUUAAUACACUGCCCCUCCUCUCUCCACUUUAAUUGACUACAUGGCCCCCACUCCAACCACUCUAAUUUACAUUAGAUACAUUGCCCCAAAAUUCAAUCUAACACACUACACCCUUCACCCAAUCUAAUAUACUACCCCUUAAUCUAAUACACUGGCCCCCUCCUUCAGAUUAAUACAGUGCCUACUCACUCUCUCAAAUUAAUACAAUGGCCCCCUCCCUGCCCAACUUAAUACAGUGCCAACUCCCUCCCCCAAUUUAAAACAUUGGCCCCCUCCCUCCCUUAAUUUAAUACAGUGCCACGUGUAGUAGGGUGUAACUUGCAUGGUUCUUUUAACUCUCUUUAUAUCCACAUUUGUGUGCCUUUCUACUGUGCAAAACAGUUAGCUGGGUCUAUUGUGGGAGAGUGCAAUUUUGCGUGAAGAUUUUUUUUUUUAGUUAUCUGGAAUUGAUAUUCAUUUAGAUGUUUGGUAAGAGCAGAUUUAUCCUCUGGAUCAUGUGUCCUGCAUGACUUUCUCUCGAGUUUACGGCCUGUUCUCUUAAUUUCUCUGAUGGUGCUAUCAAACCACGGUGCAUUGUUGUUGGUUUUGACAGUGUGUAUGCGUGUUGGUGCAAUGUUUUCUAGGGUAUCGCUCAUGGUUUUGUUGUAGAGUUGGACUAAGGAGCUGGGGUCUUCACAGGUGCCCAUUAGUUCACUUAAAAACAUAUGUGAUGUUACAUCCAAUGGUGUCACCCGUUUUAAUGAGCGGCGUUUGACCAGGUUCUGAGGCUGGGGCCUGACUGAUUGUGAUACAAUGGAGAAGUGAAUGGAGUGAUGGUCUGACCAAACAACUGGAUAUACAGAUACUUGGGACACUUCUAGUCCAGACUGGAACACUAGAUCAAGUGUAUGACCUUUUCUGUUUUAAAACUUUAUUUUAAUUUAUUUCAGGCAGCUCCCCCUGCUGGCACUGCUUUGGACGACUAUUCUGUCCAUGUGAUCACUUCAUGUGGUAUGGCCAUCACUCAAGAGACACACUGGUAAAGAUUAUUUUUUUUGGGGGGGGGAAAUGCACCUUCACUUUUGUAGUCAAAAAUCAUGUUACCAGCCCUGUGAGCUUUAGCACUUUAUCCCGCCCCUAAUGAUGCCUAUGAAUUUGACUGUAAUUUGACUGUAAUUCUCAGCCAACAAAUGUUAUUUAUAGAAUAGUAAACAGCUGCAAUCAAAAAGCUUGUAGUGGACAUUCCAAUCACAUUGCAGCAGGCAUCUAUUUGAUCAAAUAAUCAAUGCUGGCUUCUAGGAUUAAAUGAUUGUAUCUUCCUCAGGUAGAUAACCAUGUUUCAUAUUUGUGUUUUUGUGAUACUAGUCCUGUAAUGAUUUUAACCUCCAAGCUCUAUAAACUAGAUUUUAAUGUACUAUUAAGUCGAGUUGAGAUAACACAUAACCUUUUUUUUUGGGAGGGGGGGUCAAUUGACUUUUCAGUUAUAACUGACAAUUUGCUCUCUCUUUAAUUAUUAUAUAUUCUAUGUCGAUUCUCUGCUAAUAGAGUUUAAAACUUAGCUUCUUAUUCGAAUCAUGCUCUUUCUUUCAGCAAGAAUAACUAACAGGUUUUUAAGCCUUGAGUUUGCUGAAAUAAACAUAUCUAAUAAUGCGAAAGACCUUCUAGCAAACUUCUAGACCGUGCCAUUACAAUUUAUUCUAGUAAUUUUUACUUUGUAUUUUACAAUUCAUAACAAAAGCUCAAUUUAUUGUAACACAUUGUUUUUAUUGUAUUUAAUAAUGUGUAGUGAGAGAUCAUCUAAAUCAAUUAAAUCUAAACUGAUUUCCAGUAGAAUGCAAUAAAACAAAUCGGGAAACAAUUAAAGGAACACUCCAGACACCUAAAGCACUUAAGCUUCCUGAAAAGCUUUAAACGCGAACAGUGUGUAAUUUUGCAAAAAGUGCAAAUUUCAAUAGAAAUUAACACUUAUAAAUUUAUCUUGUUACACUGCCUUGGCUUUGAAGUAGACAAUAGGUCCAAUUACUUCCUGGUUUGUUUAGCUCAGUGGAGCCAAACUCGAGGCAGCAAUUGCUGAGUGCACCUGCCUUGCAUUGAGCUGCAUUGGGAAGUCUGUGAUUGAACAGCUACCGAAAGUCUGGGAGCGGUGAGAAGGGGAGGGUUUCCAAGGUCAGCAGACAAGAGAACUGCAGGUUUUACAAGCUGUUUUUAGAUUAAAUGCAUCUAAUUUUCAUUUGGGAUAUAUCUACUGUGACAAACUGCACAUAAACUCUCUUAUUUUCCCUAAACCCAAGUUACUUUCCCUUUGGUACGAUAUUUCUAUCUACCGAACACAGACCAACCCCUGGCUCAUUAUCUUCAGAGUAACAACAAACUUAAGUGCUCUCUCCAAAGGACGCAUUGCUCUGGAAAAUGGCGUCCAUCUUGUCUCCCGAAUGCAGGCAGCGGUACUUGGUCGUUGAGUGUCUGGAACUCCAAGACAGACACUGUGACUCGCGAACACUGGUAACUUUGUACCGCUGCGUGCUUUUGUUCCUGACAAGCCAGGAGAGUGCUGUGCGGUGGAAAGGUAUGCACAAAUUAGGCAAACAAUCGCUACCUAUGAGCCAGGGUAACCCUUGUUCGUUAGGAACUCCAGAAAGUGACUGACUGCUACUACUUUUCUUAUGGAACAAAUUUGGGCAGCCAUCAAAAACUUUAUCCCAGUGGCAGUUCGUCUGUAUUCAUGGGAACUGAGUGCUAUUUGGGUGCUCAAAUCCAGGCUAUCCAGAGAUAUAAGACUUGUGGGGUUCAUAUUAAGAUUGUUUAUGUUUUGGGGUGUUUUAUGUUUUUUUUUCAAUUUGAAAAUUUUUAUUUUCAGAAAAGGAAAUUGAGGGUACAGAAAAAAAAGAAGGGGAGGGGGGAAACGACUCGACCAAGACAUCUUAUUCUUCAUAUUGUAACAUACAUAUGGUUGACAUUGAUAAAAAUACAUAGUGAAGUUGGUAUUGAUGAGCAUACAAUAAUGAGAACAUAAACGUUCAAUAAGCAGUUUACAAUUAUACAUCUGUAGGUAUCUACGCCACUACAAAUAGUCAUAUAGCUAUAUAUACACCAUUCUACCUAUUUAUUGUGUGUCCCUAGUUUGGGUCAUAUUGUAUCAUCUCUUACCAUGUGUGUGGGUCGUCUCUUUAGGGAUGAUUUGUCCUGACUAACCGACUUUCUACGUUGGGCUAGUUAGAUUAUGGUGGAUGGUGGUGUAUCAUUGGAAGCCAUGGUUCCCACAACUGUUCCGUGAGCCGUGUUUUUGCAUGGGAAUCUGAGAAAAGUACCUCAUAUCUAUAAAAUUGGUAUAUCUUGUUCAUUAGUUCUUUGUGUGUUGGGCAGUGUAUGCUCCUCCAGUGUAGAGCAACGAGGUUUCUAGCCGCUAGUAUGAUAGUGGAAGCCAACUUCUUGGCUCCUUUUUUCCAUGUGGGUGGGAAGAGCAAUAGGAUCGCCACCAUCGGUGUGAGGUCAGCCGUGUAACCUAGUGUUUUUUUCAGUAGUUGUUGUACAUGUGACCACAAGGGUUUGAUCUCACUACAUUCCCACCAGAUGUGGGCCAUGGUUCCUUCCCCUAAGCCGCAUCUCCAACAUUUGGAGUCUACUGUAGGGUAUAUUUGAUGUAGUCUUUGCGGGGUAAGGUAGCACCGGUAUAUCUCUUUUUUGUGUGCCUCUAUAUGAGAGAAGCAAGAUGUGAGGCCUUUAAGAGCAUUUAAUGACUGAAGCCAUUCUUUAUCAGUGAGUUCGGGUAUAUCCUCUUUCUCCCAUUGUUUUACAUAGUUAAAAGCAUGUGGUGGUGCAUGGCCCAGGAGGGUCUUAAAGCAUAAGGAUAGGGAUUUGGGUUUUGCCGGUGCCGACAGGCAUCUCAUAAUGAUAGUCAAUGUGUGGGUCCCUUGUGGUGGAACUAUUGGAAGUUUUAACGUCACCUUGGCGUGCAUAAUGCUCUUUAGUUGUAAAUAUUGGAACAUAAAGGAGUUGGGUAUCUUGUAGUUGGCCUGUAAUGUAGGGAAGGUCAUGAGUUCAGUUUGGGAGCAGAGGUCUUUGAUGUGGUUGACACCAUACGUGGCCCAGGGUCUUAGUGACAACCACUCCGACACUCCUUCCAGUGCCCCCAACGGGGCAUAUAUACAGAAUUUCCCUUUCUCAGACAUGGUGGUCAGUAAUUUGUCCCAUAUAUGUACAGUUAGUUUAGUGGUGGGGUAUAGUGGGAGUUUCUGUGGUCUGUACACUUUGGGGGACCAUAGUAUGUUAAGCAUGAGGUGCGGAGAAAAUUUUUCAUGUUCCAUGUCGACCCACUGAAAUGUGUUUCUGGGGGCAUGGAGGCGAAUUGCGAAUUCGAGGAUGGAGGCUUCAUAGUAAGUAGCUAGUUUUGGAAAGCCAAGACCACCCAUCAUUUGUGGGAGUUGGAGUAAGGAUUGAGGUAGUCUGGCUUUUGCUUUAUUCCAGACAAAUCUAGUUAUGGUUGUUUGUAGGGUUUUCAAUACGUGUGGUGGUACGUUGAGAGGUAACAUUCUAAAUACGUAAAGGAUUUUGGGUAGUAGUACCAUUUUUAUAGUAUUGAGUCUGCCCAGCCACGACAGGUGGGUGUGCUUCCACGUUUGGAAGUAUGAGGUGCAGGUAUGUUGCAGGGGUCCAUAGUUAAGAGAUACCAUUUUUGAGGUGUGUAGAGCUAGUUUCACUCCUAAAUAUGUGAUGUGCUUUUGUCUCCAAUCAAAGUUGAAGCCCUGAUGUAGUGUAUGUACCUGUGUCAUGGACAUAUGUAUCGGUAGGGCCUGUGUUUUAUUGCUAUUGAGCUUGUAGUAUGAUAUAAAGCCAUAAUCCUGUAGAAAACCCAUUAGGCGGGGUAGAGAAACUUCUGGUUUGCUAAGGGAGAGCAAGAUAUCAUCUGCAAACAUUGAUAAUCGAUAGUUGGAUUGUCCUAUGUGUAUUCCCGUAAUGAGAGGGUCUUGUCGGAUUUUGUGAGCUAGAGGUUCUAAUGCAAGGAUGAAAAGGAGGGGGAUAGGGGGCACCCUUGCCUAGUUCCAUUAGUGAGGCCAAAUGGAGAGGAGAUGAAUCCAGAUUGAUAUACUUGGGCAGUAGGGUGGGUGUUUUAUGUUUUAUUCACUGUACCUCAGAGAUAAUCAGUUUAAGCAGAGUAGACUCACUUAUCUCCCAGAUACAGAGACACCUGGGUGUGUUACAUAUGUUUCUGCUGGAGACCCCAUGCUGGGGGUCUGUGUAUAAAAGUGGGCCAUCUGGCCAUAAUAAAACAUUCCUGUUGUAGCCCUCAUCAAGUUUAGGCCGAUGUUUAGGUAUGCGAAUGACUGAGAACUAUAAUUUACACAACCUUACGAGAUUUCGGGAGAUUGCUUACAAACGUACGAACGUACUAAGUACAUGAGGUUCGUAGUAUCUACUAAACAGUCAUUUUAUUUAUUUUGUAUUUGGAUAGUGGAGUGUCCCUUUAAGUUUAUUAACAAAAUAUACCUAUUUAUGUCUAAUAUAAUUUCCAACAUAAUGCAUACCAAAUGAUAAUUUUUUAAGUUACACAUCUUCAGCUAACAAUUUUUUGGUUUUGUUUACAAAAUGCUAAUUUUGCGCUAAAAUAUACAGUAUAUUAAUGGCAUAAUAUGAGGUACAGGCAGAUAUUAGAAUCAUAUAUAUUUAAACUGGCAAUAUUUCUUCCAAGUCUGCUCUCAUGCUGCUGUUCAUGGUAAAUAGCUACAAAUUGCAAUUUGCAUGCAUAAAGUAGUGUGAUUUUAGCUGUAGGGAUUUUUGUAAAUUAAUAAACUGUGUCCAGGUAGACAAUGCCAAUGAACCGUCUUACUCCAUUAUCUAUGCAAUAAACAUACUUUACAAAUAUAUAAAUAAGGGAGAAUGAACGAUAUAUUAUCAUAUAUAUAGUUUUUCCUUCUCCCUUAUAUUUUCUAAUUUUAUACCAUAUUGUGCACAAUCAACUAUUCCAAUCUUCUGGUAGCCCAUUCUACAGAAACAGUGCACUUGUCUGUCCAUAACAUUCUUAUGAAAGGGCAGAAUUCUAAGCCUUCUUCCUUCUUGACUCUUUUGAAAAAGUUGAUUAUACUUUCCUUAUCUUUAUCUUGACUAACCUUGGUAUGCAUGAUAUUACCCUCACUUAGAUCCCCUGUCUGCUAAUGUUCCAACCCAUUUUUCAAAAACUCCAUUUGCUCCUUCUCCUGUGCAUUUUCACUCAUAGUCUCCUCUCUCACAUCUUUCUUCAAACCUCUAAAGACAAACCUCUUUCCAAAAUCCUUUUUUGCCACACUAUAACCUAAUUUUCAUUACCAAUUCGUCUCAGUCCAGCUAAUAUGCACAUUAAUACUACCCCCCUAAUUCCUACCCUUCACCUCCUCCCCACCACAACACCACACACUCAAUUCUCCAGUUUGUAUUCUGCUCAAGUUGACUAUGUACCCUGUGACUAUAUUAUUACUUGCUUGUUACCAACUUUAUUAAAGCUCAAAAGCCAUAAGAAAUGUUGAACAAAUCAUAAACAAACCAACAAGUACAUAAAUAAAUAUAUCUAUAAUGAAUCUAUAAUAUUUAACAUAACUGGUGUUUUCCCUUAGCUUUAACCCCUUAAGGACCAAACUUCUGGAAUAAAAGGGAAUCAUGACAUGUCACACAUGUCAUGUGUCCUUAAGGGGUUAAAUAAUGUGGACGUAUAUUAUGUCAGGUUCCAAAUGUAAAUUAAUUUCAUGUUAAUGUUUAAUAAUAGUUUACAUUUUGUUCUUUGCAGGAAAUUCCUACUUCAGUGAACAUGAAUUCCAGCCAGAUACUUGGAAAGGUUUAUUCUGAAGAAAAACUGUUCACAUGCUUUUAGUGAUGAACUCGUCCCUACAGUUACGUAUACUAGAACUUAACCUAAGUGGUUUAGAGGGUAACAUAACAGAGCCAACAAGCAAAAUUAAGGUUUCACCAUGCGAUCAAGUGGUAAUAGCUGCAGAGGUGUUUCUAACACUUGGUAUUGUGAGCCUCCUUGAGAACAUCUUAGUCAUCUGUGCUGUCAUCAAAAAUAAGAAUUUGCACUCCCCUAUGUAUUUUUUUGUAUGUAGCUUAGCAGUGGCUGAUAUGUUAGUUAGUGUGUCCAAUGCAUGGGAGACAAUAACAAUAAAUCUCAUAAAACACAAGUUUUUAAUUAUGGAAGAUGCCUUUAUACGUCAUGUAGACAAUGUCUUUGACUCAAUGAUCUGCAUUUCAGUGGUGGCUUCCAUGUGCAGCCUGCUUGCCAUUGCAGUAGACAGAUACAUCACUAUCUUCUAUGCUUUACGUUAUCAUAACAUCAUGACGAUGAAAAGAUCAGGAAUCAUUAUUGCAUGUAUAUGGACAUUCUGCACUGGAUGUGGGAUUAUUUUCAUCCUUUAUUAUGAAUCACCUUAUGUCAUAGUAUGUCUAAUUACAAUGUUUUUCACCAUGCUGCUCCUGAUGGUAUCACUGUAUAUCCAUAUGUUCCUGUUAGCUCGUACUCAUGUAAAAAAGAUAGCUGCUUUACCUGGCUACAACUCAGUUCAUCAGAGGACAAGUAUGAAAGGGGCAAUCACUCUAACUAUAUUGAUAGGCAUUUUUAUCGUGUGCUGGGCUCCAUUCUUUCUCCACUUGAUUCUGAUGAUCUCUUGUCCACAGAACCUGUAUUGUUUAUGUUUCAUGUCUCACUUUAAUAUGUACCUUAUUCUAAUAAUGUGCAAUUCUGUUAUUGAUCCUUUGAUAUAUGCAUUUCGCAGUCAGGAAAUGAGAAAAACUUUCAAGGACAUUAUUUGUUGCUGCAGUCUAAGAAUUGUUUGUGAUUUUCCUACCGAAUACUGAAAAAAAACUUGUGGAGUGGAGUAAUUUUCAUGCCAUUGAAUAUCACAAAAAGGUCAUGACAAUUUACAAUGCAUUUACUGUCAACAUGUUGCGUAGUGAACAUAUUUAUGUUCAUAAACAUUACUAACGGGUUUAUUUAUUAAGGUGAGAGUUCAAAAUGAAUUCAGAGUGAAUUUCAAUUAUAAGACUAAAAUAGCGAAACUGGAAAUAUUCUGCAAGUCAACUAUGCUUCCAUUUAGGCUAUAUUAGCCUUAUACUUGAAAUUCUAUUUGAAUUCCACACAGUCAUCACUUUAGUGAAAACCUCUGUUGGUCAGCUAUUCGUUCCGUUAGGCUAUUUUGACCAUAAAUCUGCAAUUCUGUAAUUAGUAUGUUUAUGGGUUAAUUAACUAAUGAAAAUAUGUGAUAAACAAUAGUAUAUUUCCAGUUGUAUAACAAUAAAGAUAAAUUUAUUUGACAAAUUCCACUGUCACAUUUCCUUGCACAGUUUUAGUGAACAUAAAUCAUGAUUUCAUCAUGACAUUUAAUGGAUGACAUAAUUAACAUGCUCAUGUAUUUUUAGAUACAGCCUCAGGUCUAUAAUGUAUCUGUAAUCUCUUACUAUAUCAAACAAUCAGUUUAUGAUUGAUUAUUGACAAAUAAUGCUAUAUUUAACAUUAACUAUCCCAUACUAUAUGAACACAUGUAGUAAUAAUAAUGUUAAGGACUGCAAGCAACAAACAUAGAAAUAUCCUAGAAAUCAAACCAUACUGCCCAACUUCUGAAUUUGGGAAGUCAGGAUGUGUGUACAGAGUCAGCAAGUGAUGCCUACAAUGGGCAGGGCUGCAUGGAAAAUAGGUGGGCUUGCCCAAAAGGGGGCCCACCAGCCUGAAAAAGAGAUGGGGCCACCACCUGACAGGCAGUCUGGCUUACCCCAAGGUAUCAGGUCCAUUAGGGAGUGCUGCUGAAGUACUCCCUGCAUAGCCCUGGUGCCGCUGCACAGUGCACGCGCUGUGCUGCCCAGGGACCCCUUGUGUCCCCAGAUGCAGAACCACAGGGAAAUAAAGCAAGACAGUGGGACAGCACCCAACACACAGGACUGUUGAGAGGCAUGAGUAGAAUAGAAAUAGAUUACACUGAUAUUACAGGUGCGAAUUUACUGAAAGCUUACUGGAAUUGACCAGCAAUGUAAUGGCUGAUGGGUACUUGGAAAAACUAUCUAUGUAAUAUUUAUUCAGAUUACAAUGUUAGGAUCAUAAAAAAAAAGAAUUAAUAUAGAUAUUGUAAUUAGUACGUGGGCGAGGUUGCCCAUAGUGUCCAUCCCAAUGCACAGGAUUACAAGGUCGUAGGUCAUGCCCACAGCAUGAAGGGGGUGGUAUGAGGGCAGGGCUAAUUCACACCAAGUGCUGUUUGCUGCCGAUCUGCUUCUAUUGCCUACCUGCUAGUGCCAGCCACACUAUCCACCCAUCCAAUGAAGAGCCAUUAGGUGUUGAGGGAUUAGCAUUUUUGCCUGCAUUAAGUAAAUAUUUUGACCUGAAGGGACAUUCUUUGCCAACCCAGUGAGCAACAUUUCUUGUUCUUCAAGUGAUAAGUGAACUUUUCUUUUGCCUUUUUGUGGGAAAGGUGGGGGCGGUUGCCAAUUUAGGGAUCCUCCGCAGGUGCCAAAUACACCUGUUUAGGUGUACACCUCUGGAUACAUAUGUUUUUAACAUUGCCUUUAACAUAUUAUUAUUUUUCUCACCAAGGAAUUGUUUGCAUUUUCAUGAAGCAUGUUACUUUUUUUUUUAAAUUUAGUUCCAUCAAUCAAUAUUUUCUCAAUAUAAUCAAUAAUACAUUAUUUCCUAAAUGUCCAUUUACUUGAAUAUUUUAAACAAUGCCAAAUUUUAGCUCCUUGUGAACGCAACACCAUAUUGUUUACAGUUAAGCUAGACAAGGAGAUUUAAAAGGAACAAUGCAUAUGUGCUAAAUGAUGUACAAAAGUGACAAAAGAAUUAUUAAUCGUAUCACAUUGAUAGUUUGCUGAUUGCUCCUUGUACAACAUAACAGAAAAACAAGUAUAUGUAUGUUUCUGGACUUGAUGUUUUCUCAUUCAUGAUGAUUUUCUAACGUUUGUGUAUUUAAUGGAUGCUGUAUUCAUUUAUAUAUUUUAUUUAUCGAUACAGAUACACACCAGUUCAUAUGCAUAUUCCCUGGCUAUAUCCAUGGCAGCAUAACAAUGGGUAAUUCCUCCCUAUCUCUAAUUACCAUCCCUCUCUAUAAUCAUCCCACCCUCAGUUGUCUCUAGUGGGGCCAGGAGAGAUCUUCAUGCCUCUAAGGAAGCCGUCAGUAGAUGGAUAGUUUCUGCCAUCAUUCAGUCUUAGGAGUUCUGGUACCUGAUGGAUUCAAAGCUCAUUCUACUAUAGCCCUUUCAUCCUCUUGGGCUGCAGCAGCUAAAGUCUGCCCGGAACACAUAUGCACAGCAGCUACUUGGUCCUCAACCAAUACUGUCAUAAGGCAUUACCAUUUGGACAUUAUAAUCCAACAAUUUGAUAAUUCUGGCAAGAGUGUGCUUUCAGUAUCUAAUUGAAAUAAGUUUUUGGUGUUUCUUUCCCUCUCUUGGUUAUUGUUUGGGCAUUACGCAUUGUUGUGCUGCCAUUAAGGAAGACCUUUUUUGUAUUUUUACACUGCUAUGUAUGCACUUUUAUUUAAUUUUACUGUGAACUUCUAUAUUCUUAUUUAUAGCUUGAAUCUAAUUGUGUUGUCAGCGAGGAGUUAUUUAACAGGAGUCAAGUGAUAUGAUUGUUGAUGAAACCAAGAAAAGAAUGAUAACAUAAUUAUGGCAACGUAAUGAAAACUUGAGGAAAUGGAAAAGAAAACAGUAUACGCUUUUUAAAAUGCAAAGGCUUUUUAAGCAAGAAUCGACAAAAAAAGUUUAUGAUUGUAUGUUGAUGUUUAAAUGUAAAGUGUUGUAGAUGUAUGUAUUAGAAUAAAG